UGCGAGCCGUUCUGCACAUGCUCAGUGGCAAUGGAAGCCGGCAGCAAACUUGGGGGGCUCGAAGCUGCGGCUCCUUCCCCUCGCCACCCUAUUAGGUUCCCGGAUAGCGGCUGAGUCAGGGGCUGAGUCAUAGGCAGGAGCGCCUCCCCUGGCAGGACGGGAUGGUUUCGUUUCCCCUUCUCCGGUUUCCCGUCGCCACUCGGUGCCUCUCUUUGCUCGCAGCCGGAGCCCUUCCUGCGAUCCGUGCGUAACAGCCGCGCCCAUUCCUCCCGGUUAUAAGACAUGGACCGCCUCACUGCAGCAAACAGUGCCUUUGCCCUCAAUCUGUUCAAGAAGCUAAGUGAAAAUGAUAAUACAGCGAACAUGUUUUUUUCUCCUUUGAGCAUUUCUUCUGCUUUGACAAUGGUCUCUCUGGGUGCGGCAGGGAACACUGCAGCCCAAAUGGCAAAGGUGCUGUCUGUGACCAACGACGUAGAGUUUCACCAGGGAUACAAGAAACUUAUUUCUGAAAUCAACAAGCCAGACACCAAGUACUUGCUUAGGCUAGCCAACAGGCUAUUUGGAGAAACAUCCUAUGAGUUUAUUUCAUCAUUCAUAGACUCCAGCCAGAAAUUCUAUCGAGCAGGUCUAGAGAAACUAGACUUCAUUAAAGCAUCAGACGAUUCCAGGAAAUACAUAAAUAAUUGGGUGGAAGAACAGACAGCAAGUAAAAUCCAAAAUCUGCUCGCCCCAGGAAUAAUUGACUCCAGUACAAGGCUGGUCUUGGUGAAUGCUAUCUAUUUCAAGGGAAACUGGGCAAAUCAGUUCAACAAAGAUCACACACAGGAAAGGCCGUUCAAAAUUAGCAAGAAUGAAAGCAAACCAGUGCAGAUGAUGUUCAAGAAAGCUAAAUUCAACAUGACAUGGAUAUCGGAACUUCGCACCAAAAUUCUCGAGAUUCCUUAUGUUGAUAACGAGCUCAGCAUGAUCAUCCUGCUUCCUGAUGAGAUUGCAGAUAAUUCUACAGGCCUGGAAAGGCUGGAGAGAGAAAUGACCUAUGAGAAACUCAAGGAUUGGAUUAACCCUGAGAUGAUGGACCUAACUGAAGUUGAGCUGUCUCUACCCAAAUUUAAACUGGAGGAAAAAUACGACCUGAAGCCUGUUCUGAGCAGCAUGGGAAUGGCUGAGGCGUUUGACCCAAGCAAGGCAGAUUUCUCCAGGAUGUCUCCCAACAAUGACUUGGUUUUGUCUGAGGUUGUUCACAAAUCCUUUGUAGAGGUAAACGAAGAGGGAACUGAGGCCGCUGCUGCUACUGCUGCUGUUAUGAUGCUGCGGUGCGCUAUGAUUGUGCCCUGUGUCACAGCCGACCAUCCCUUUGUCUUCUUCAUUCGGCACAACAAAACACAAAGCCUUCUCUUCUAUGGUAGGUUUUGCUCUCCCUGAACAAUGGGUGUCCUGUGUGUGCAGCACAAACAUUCCCCGCUGCAGCCUGCUGGCAGUAUAUCAAGUUUUCGAUUUCUCAUCCUAUUAUUUCAAAGUUAUAUUGUCUUAUCCCGUCUUCACUGCUGUUUCUCUGCUUGCGACAGCUUUUCCCAGCACCAUUCAUAUUUGAUUAACAGUUGUGCAUAAGGGGAUCACAUCUUAAAAUGGGCCAACUGAGAACUGUGGCCUUCCUUAAACCCUACUCCUAAUGAACAUUGAUGUAUUGUGUGUGCCUUAUUUAGUAUAAGGAGGCACUUGUAUCACAGACCAUUAGCAAUAUUGGUGAAGAUGAAGCAGAUCUUAUUAACUGCAUACCUCUUCAUCUUUUCCAUGCUCUUAAUAAAAACAUAGAGGGCUCAUUUUUUUUUUUACCAGGCAGCUUUGCUACAAGUUCCUAAUAUUUGUGAGGUCCAUUUUGUUCUGGACCUUUAUUUUCACAGGAUACUUCAGGGUGGGGGUGGGGAGGUGGUUUUGUUCUUAAAGAGGCAUUAGCAACCACCAAAAACAGCUUCUAUCAAAGGAGAUCCUACCAUAUAACCUCAUGUGCACUUGAUAAACAAACACAAUUGUUUAGUACUGUACCAAUUUCUGGCGUUCACACCAGCAUAUAAAUUUAAGAUAUUGGUAACCAAAGUGAAAAUGAAGAGCCUUAUUUAGUUAUUGCAACGCAGAAAAAGUGCAAUGAUUUCUACAACACACAGAAAAAUUUCGCCUUGCGAAGAAUGCAGUGCACAAGCAGAAGUAUAAAUCUGAUGUUCGGUCUACAGUGUAUUAUUCUUUGACGUUACAUGCAAAAAAAAGUAGUCACAGAAUUUUGACUUGGCAACCUGCAAGUGACAUUUAUGUAUGAAUGGAUAUCGAUUCAUGUAUUAUUGGAUUUAAAAUAAAAAUGAAAUUGUUUUGUG